AUGGUACUAGAUGAGAAACCGAGACAUUUCUUCCCUGGGAAUUCUUUUUAUUUCCCUUUGACUCAGAAGCUGAUGGAACAUUGCCUUAUACCCAACAACUUUAACUGGGCGAAUGACAACUACUCCCAGUUCUUCAUCAUAGUCUUCAAGUACUUCCACCAUGUCAUAUUUAUGCAUUACUACGUCUUCUAUAAGUUCAUCCCAUUCGGGCGACCAAUUCCUGUACAGAGCCCAGACAUCCCCCUUCCGAGGAAGUAUCAGAUGAUCCCAUUAGUGCCUUUUGUCCAUUUAACCUUGUGA